AUGUGGGAACAGUACGGAGCCCAGUUUGUUCAGGGCGUCAGAUUAUCUCAUUUCUACCUUCUGAUAGGUCGGUAUUCCUUUCUGCGCUUGCUUGAAUUUUAAAUCUGACGCCCUGAGCAAGCUGGGCUCCGUACUGUUCCCACAUGGAAAAGAAGCUGAACGUCGGAAACCUCGAGACUCGUCUACUACUCUCUCAAGAAGGGCGAGAUGCUCUACUCGCAGUUCUUGAUCAACGACAGUUUCGCGAACCGACAAACAACUCUUCUAUUAUUCUAUGAUUCAGCAGGGGAUCUUCUCUGGAAACUGAAUAAAUAGGCAAAUGUAUAUGCCUCUCUACUUCGUUUUAGAGUUUUUUAAAUUGGAUAAAAGUUUCUGAGCUUCAUUUAUUGAAACUUUGCUUGGGCUGAUCUAGAAGGAAAAUUCCUCAAAGUAUUGAAGACAAGCUUCGAAAAUAUUAGAACGGCUAAAUCGAGCCUUCUUUCGAACCAAGCCACGUGGAAGGUCAUUUCAGGGUGAAUCUUGGAAUUUUCUAAAAAGCCCAACUUUUUUUUCCGAUAGUUUAGAUUUCUGCUAUUGGCUACCUGCGCAAGCUUCUAGCUUAUAAAGUGCGAAAUCUAAAAAUUGGCUUUUGAUACAGAAUUAAGCCUCAAAACACCAUUUUUUAGACUUCUCAUAUCUCAGAAAAAAAUUGGAAGCCUUUGCGGAAUCUAUCUUUGGAAAUUUUUUGAGCAAAUUUUCAGAAAUUUCUAAGCUUCACCCGAGAAAUCUUGUAGAGAUCGUCGGCGAGUUGGCAGAAGUUUGGAAGCUCUCAGAGGCCGCUCGCGACAUCAUCUGACGCUCCACGAGCGCGACAGAACCGGUAUAUGCCCUGAGGGCCUCACAGAGAAGGAGGCGUGACCAUGGCCGAGUGUAUUGGUUGGAUCCUGCGUGUAGCUGUGUGUGUUACUGCCGCAGCCUCCUCCUCCAAAACCCACCUCAAUACAGACUUACUGAUGUUCUUACUUGGGCAAAAUUAGCCGCCCCGAGUUCCGCCUCACCUUCUUUUUUUUCUUCUUCCUCUUCUGUCGGUUCAAUUCUCGCCCCGCCCCCUCCUGCCAAACUUUGCAACUGCCACUUUCUCUCAAGAGGAACAACUGAAGGCGAUGAUGCUGCCUGUGCUCCUCACGUUAGGCGGCACCUUUGCCGCCUUCGGACCUGCACCCAAUCAGACUGUCUUUGAUAUUCCGGGGCUCGAAGUGAUGGCGUCGGACAAGUAUCCGCACUUUACCACCAUCGAGACUGUCAGUCGGACAAAGGUUUGUCUUUUUUUCUUUGUACUUUUUUUUUCCUUGUUUCUCUGGUUAGAUUUUUUGGUCUAAACUUGAAUAGGUCAUUUUCAAUGCGAUUAACACGUGAUGAUCAGAAAAGUCUUUUUUUUUUUGAUUUUCCUUUGGAAAUUUGCGGUUUUUCUUAACAGACCAGUGAGAGGUGAGAAUUUUCAUAAUUUUCACCCUUUUUUUAAAAUUUCGAUUUAGAAACUUUUCUGAAAGAGAGUGAAGUGGAAGAAAAAUAGUUCUGAAUAUUUUUUUUCUAACUUGAAGUUUUUGAAUUAUUCAUCCUUUUCGGCUCAAGGAUUUCAAUUGAAAAAAAGUCCUUCAAUUUUGCGUGUUUUCAUGGGAUCUGCUCCUUUAUCUAAAAAAUUUUUCUUGGUUUUGUACUUUUGAGAUUUUUUCUCGAAGUCUAGUAGAACAUUUUUCAUAGAUUUACGGCACGUAAAUGAAUUUUCAAUCAAUUUAUUGAUUUUGGCAGUUUAACUAAACAAAUUUUGCUUCGGUAUCUUUCAGAUUGAAAAAAAUAGAAAACUUGAAUUUUAUAGACGUUUGAAAAAGAAGUCUAAUUUGACGCCAGUAAAUUUCAUAAACUUCUAGAACCCCUUGAAUUGAGUUUGCUGUUAUUUUUUCGUUUGUCUUUGCCCAACUGAAGUUUGGACCUACCCUUAUCAGUCUCGAGAUCUGACGCCACUUUUUUUUCUUUUUUCUUUUGUUGUUCAGUCUUUUGUGUAAAGUUUACGCUCCUCAAUACCAUCCAAAUAACCGCAGAAUAUACAUUGAAUAUACCGCCGCCACAGUGACUUAUUAGCCUACAUGCGGAAGAAAAGAACGGCAGAAUAGCCGCUGGACGAAAAACGAAAGGAAGACGAAGAAGUGGCGCAAUUGCGGUGGCAAAGGGAUCGAUUCGCGCCAAUUCUUCGCUUUUCCUUUUUUUUUUCUCUUCUGCCCUGUUGAUCCGUUCAUUUCCCCUAUUGGCAAAGUCAUGUGGUUGAUUUGGGAUUCGAUUGUUCUCAGGGCGAUUUCCUUUUCAUUGGAUUAGGCUUUGAGACAACUGAAGGAGGGAAAAGCUUCAGGUCGAAUCAAAGGACUUUCUUCUGACCUCAGGACAGCCGUCACUGAAAAGAUACUUUUCCUGAUCAAUUGACGACACUUAUUAAAUAUCAAUGCAAAUUAACGGAUUCCAAGUUACCCUGAAGCUUCAAAAAUUAAAAGUACUCGUGAGAUUUAUGGGAUUUUCUCAAUUUUCUUGAAAAAAGUCUCAAAAAUCUUUAUGGGCCAAAAAUCAACAAGGUUUUUCCAGACAGACGCAUUGAACAAAUAUUUGUCCAAAAGUAGCCGUUCCAGUCAAAAUUUCGGAAAAUGAAGAAAAAUUCCGUUUUCGCGCCUUUUUGUGCUCCAAUGAUAAUGCAAAUUUCAGCGCUUGAUUAAUUUUUGCUCUUUUCAACUUUUUUUUUCUUGUAGGAUUUGUAUCGUAAGAAUCGUAAUCGCUUUCUUUUUCUAUUCGAUUAGUUUUCUGCAAUGCCUUUCGGAUUAAAAUGAGCUUGUCAGUGAAAUAGAUUUCUAAGAAAAUGAACCAAUGUUUCGGUUUCGAAAAACUCAUAAAAUGUUUUGUUGCUCACGUUUUUCCGCUAAUUGUGGUUUACAUUCAAAUUCAACUGAUUUUUUCAACUUUUGGGUCAAUAAUUUUUUUUCCUCGUCUUUGAGCAUAUAUUUCAAUCAAUAACUCAAUAAAUUAUUUUGUUAUAUCAGAGAUGUAACUGACCAUUCCAAACAAUAAAAAAGAAGGAAGAAACCUUCUUAAUUGUUCAAAUAAAUACAAAUGUGCUCAGGUCCAUCGGCAUCGUCGAGAAGUUAUAGCGGGGCCGAUCUACGACUGGCAUUCCAACGAGAUUCCUUACCAAAUAUGGGGCGGCGAUUGUGGGUUUUAUUUUUUUAAUUCUUCAUUUUUCUUCCUGUCUAUACUAUGUUAUUGCUGGAUUUUUCUUUUUUAUAUUAUUGUGAUGGUAAAUGUGAUGAGUAUCAUUCAAAGAUGAUAGUUAGAAAAAACAUGAAAAAAACUGAUUUUGAUCACAACUGUAUGAAUCUCAGUCUUUUCGAAACUUUCUGAAGUUUUGAUAUCUUAUUUUUUUCCCAUGCUGCUCAAAUUUCAGCUUCCAGAAAGUACCAGAAAAAUUAACCUCCGUACAGAAAACUUGUGAAAAUCAGAUUUUUCGUAUAUUUUCUGACGCCACAGUUUUCUUUAAAACAGUUUCAUAUGUUUAUUUUUGUCAAGUCUUUGAUUUUUAAUCUUCUCCUAGCUCUCUUUUAGAAAUGAGUAAUCAUUUCAAACAACCAAGCGAAUAAUCCUUUCUUUUUGUUGUUUUAGUCAUAGAUUUAAUCGACCUUUUUGUAUUGUUUUUUCGAGUUUCGCAAGCGAAACAAAGGGCAAUAUCGAUUGUCCGUGAAAUAAGCAUGGGAAAACGCAAAAAUAACAAGUUUGGGGACCUGAACACGAGGCUUUCGGUUUUUGUAUGGGAGGAACUGGAUCCACAGUGGAGAGCCCUUGAGUCUCGCAUAUAUUUCGUCCUUUGCUUCUGCCCAUAUCCAAAAAAACUGUGGUAAAUUAAGACAGGUUUUAUUUUCUAUUGAUGAAAAUGGGUAUCAGAAGCGAUUGAUGUGAGGAGGACGUGCGAAGGAUGGGAAAUUUUGCGAGAACAUGCAGCCAAGUUUAAAUUCCAAAUAAUUAUCGAAUGCUUGAAAUAACGAUGAAUAAUAAUAAUGCAGUAAUUCAAGAAGAAAAAAACCGAGAUUCAAAAAUUCCAAACCUCCAGGAGACUGCGACUACAUAACAAAAAAUUAUUUUUUCGAGAAAGUUUUUUUGAAAUGUUUGCUUUGUUGUUGUUGAUGUUAUGUCAAACUUCUUAACGAAUCCAACCAUUUCAAAUCCAGAAAAAAAAACUUCCUGAAACGCAAUUUCACGUUUUAAUCGGGUUUUUUUUUUGUCUCAACGUAUUAUUCGAAUUUGGUUCGAAGAUCGAAUUUUUUGAUGCGGGGUUUUGUCUAAUUUUUUUUGAAAAAUAUUUUAUUCUGUAAAUUUUAUUCAAAUAUUUUGCAUGGACGUGAAUUUCUUGAACGCACGUGGAGUGGCUCACCGUGACUCAAGCACUGAAUCACGUAUCGAGCCUAUUUAUUUGAAAAUAUUUGGCUGUCUCUGCGCGCAAGUCCUUUUCGAGUCGGGCGCAAUUCAAAGAGUACCCGCUUCGCCGCCGCUGCGCGUUGAUCCAUUCCAAAAAGAACCAUGAUGCUACGGCUUUGAUAUUUUAUAUGAGGCCCAAGAUAUUAGGCCUGCAGCACAUUUUUUUUCUCAGACUUGCUUUAUGCAAUUCUUUUAUAGACAAGGAUCUUUUUCUCCGGUAAAUUCCUCUAGCUUUAAUUUCCUGAUAACAAGUUAUUUCUUAUCAUCCUUUCCAAAAAUGCGGGAAAUCCCUCUGAAGACAGAAAAUGAGAAUGUUUGGUGCUUAAAAAGAAAGCGUCGGAUUCCGUUCCAGCCGAAAGAACGACGUGUUUACUCUCGCGGCGGCGACCUUGUACAACUUGAUCGACCAAUUUUUUUCGGCUAAAAUAAGUCCUUUAAACCUCUUCUGUUGCGACAAUCCAACAGACCUUUGUUAGAAUUUUUGACUGGAAGAACAUUUUUCGAGAGAAAAUAUAAAGAAAUUGAGCCAGCAGCUUUGAAACUGUUGAAAGCGGAAAAUAACUCACGAAAAACACGUAGAACAAGGAAAUUCGUGUGGAAAAUGUGGAAUUACUGGCCGCACUUUACGGGGAUGGCUUGAAGCAAUUUGAUGAAAUUGUGAUUUUUUUAAGAUUUUUUUCGUCAAACAAGUAGCAUAAAGAAUUUUUAUAUUUCUUCCAAAAAGUUAAACAAAAAUAAAAGGCUUCAGUUCUUCUGAACUUUGAUCUGUUUUAAUUUUUUUUUUCCUCCAAGGUUAAAGAAUCCCGGUUAAAGAUUACAAAUUCACGAACAGAUCAAUCUUCUGGAAAAACAUGAAACCGCGAAGUUUUCGAUGGAAGUUGUCGCUUUCGUGUUGCGCAAUGAUCAGAUAUUUUUACUGUUUCCAAACGACCAUAACAUCCACACGCGUUUCCUGUUCCCUGUCUCUUCUGUUCUGUAUGAAUUCCGAGUUAGAGAGGGACAGCAGAACAGGUGAAAAUAUAAAAAAGUCUUAAUUUUGAUUUCUUAGAGAAAUAUUGGUUUUCAUCGAAGAGAACCGUUCGAAAAAUCCUUGCUGGCUGUUUGAAGUAAAGAUGUACUGCGAAAAACUCGAGUGGUCACUUAAGAGGUUCGUCAAGGGUUACUUGAAGAGGGCACUUCAGUGGCCACUUAAACCACCUCUAUAGACGUCAUUAUUUCGCGACUUAGUGGCCACUACAGUGGUUCUGACCUAGUAGUACCGCUAGGACUCCAGAAAACUAAUUUUUAGCCCCUAGAGUUUCUUAGACCUAUAUGAAAAUUUCUCAUGCUCCUUGAAUUCUCUUAAAAGUUUUGUGAAUAUAAUUUUGAUGGUUUUUUUGCAAGCAAUAAAUUGAUUUUCCGCGAUCUGGUCAUUUGUGAAUAAUUGAAUUGGAAUAGUUUGAAGUUAUAAAUGAUAUUUGAAGCGUAGGCUUUUUUGGAAAGCGUUGCAGUGGAAUUUUCAACUUUUUCUGUCUUUUUUUCGGCCCUUCAUUAUUGUCAGUGAUAAUCAACGUGAUAUAUGUGAAAUAACCCUCUUCAAAAGCAUGAAAAGUUGAAAUUUUGAGGUUUUGAGUAGUUUUCCCAACAGAAAUAUCUGUUUCAAAACAUGACAGCUUAAAAAACUCGUCUAUUUUGUGGAAAAAACGACGAUUUUCCUUUGUGAGUUUACUAUUACAUUAUUUUGUUCAUAGUGUCAGGAACAUCUUUUUUCUUGGAGACUCAUGGAUCCUUCAAAUUUUGACACAAGAUCAAUGUCGCCUUUAAAUUUCGGGACAAAAUCAACUUUUUCGGAUUUUUUUUUCUGGAAAGUCCUCACCCCCGAUCAAAGGUUGAUUGAGCGCCUAGUGACUCUCCGAAAAUGGCAUUUUACGCCAAAAAUAUCUAUAUUUUUAUUGCCCUCGGCAACCGACAAUUAUUCUCACGCCGACCGUGACAAAGUUUCCGGUUCAUCGAGUUCUGGUUUCAAUAUUUUUUUCGGGGAUAAAAAAUUAUCCAUCUAAAAUACAAGUUUAAAUUAUUUUUAACUAUUUUUACAAUUUUCAUUGAUUUUUUUUUUAUUGAAGAUUAUUCGAUCAAGCUGAGAGAGAAUUUUUUGAAGUCUGAAUAAUGGAAAAAAUGCUUGUUUUCUGUUAUCAUUCCUUGACCUUAAGCCGAUUUUUCAUACAUUUAAAAAGCUCAUUUUGUUUAUUUCAGUCAACUUCCAAGGAUUGAUCCGAAGAGGGAUCAGAAUGUGGGAGGAAUCGACGUGUUUGCGUUUUCGGGAAAACAUGGCGGUUUGUUUUACUUGUGAUAUUUUUUUAAAGGAAAAAUUGCAAUUUUUCACAUGUUCUCAGUUGCAAGGGUUAUAGAAAUUUAAGUUUUUUUUUAAUUGAAAUUUUUUCCGGUUUCAUUUUGGUUCAAGCAGAAAUAUCUGUAGUGAAAGUACAUAGAUCCUUUUUUUAAAAAUUUUUUUCGACCACGGUAACAAAAAUUUGAUUAUUAUUUUUUUCUUGAGAGAUAAUUAAAAAAACUUGAUCGAAAGAUAUCUUACAAGAGAAGGUAUUUUUACUCGGAAAUUCAAGUCGAUUCUGAUGAAAAUAGGCCCCAACAUGUACUAGAUUAGUUUAUUUGGUUGAAUAAGAUGAAAUUGUAUCCGUUUGUUCGAGAAAGUUAAAUAGCUCUGCUCUAUGAGAUCUACAGGAUCCUAUUAAAUUGAAGAUUGUUUGGCUCAUGAUCAGAAAAAGCUCCAAUAAAAAUAACCUUCCUCGUAGGAUUUUUGAAGAUGAAAACCUGUGAAUAAUUUUGUUUUGAACAAGUUUUUCAACUAUGGCGUGUUCAGCACGUUGAAAUUUGAAGGAAACUCGGUGAAAUAGAUUGAAAAAGUCAUUCAAAGAUACCUAAGAGCCCUAUAGAAAACCCUUGAAUGUAAUACGCCACGCACGUCAAAAUUGAGCUUUUUUGAGUUCGAGAAAAAAAAUGGAAUCCAAAUAAGCUUCUUUCAGUCGAGAGACGCGAUCCGGUAUGUGCUGGAGAAGGGCGACAGUUGUUUCACGGAAUACAUCGGCAGAAACGGCGGCCAUCAGGACAUCAUCAUCGGCAGCGAGUGCGCGGAGGUUUUUCCUUCUCAAAAUGAGUUAUCUGGGGUAUUUUGAAUUAAAUUGUGGUCUUUAAACCUUUUUUUAAACAAUUUUUUUCUUUUUUUAUGAAAAGAAGCUUUUUUUUAAAUUAGCUUCUCUUAAAAAUAUAUUCAAAAUUAUUUGGAAAAAAACAAUUGGAUUUGAAAACUGCAACUUUUACUGUUUUUCCUCAUUCUUUUUAUGGCGAGAUUGCUCAUUUUUUAACUAUUUCUUCUUUCUAAAUAACUUUGGAAGAAAAUAUUCAGAUUAUUCAGACAGAUUAUUUUAAGUUUCAUAACUCUUUCUAUUUUCCGAUCCCUCGGAUUAUUUAUAAGUUAGAUUCAAGAGAAUCUCGUUUUUUUUUUCUAUGCCAUUGGAAACUUGGUUAGCUUUCCGCAUGUGUUCUCGUGCCCACUGAGCGUCGAAUCCAAAAACCACGGGGCUUUCGAAUUUUUGUGCCGAUCGGAUAUAAUACGCGGCAGACUUUCCGCCUUGGCGUUAGCUAAACCGACUGGUUUCCACACGAAACUCUGCUUUUUCGGUUUAUUAAGUUGCUUCACGUUGCCUUCGAAGGGACGUGACUCAGAAUCAUCUAAUUGAUCAUUUAUUGAUAAUUAAGUUUUUUUCAUUUUCAUUUAAAUGUAGAAAGCAAAUUGACCUAAGAGCCAAAGUGGUGUUCAAAGUUAUUUCAUAGAAGUCAAAGAUCUCUGCAAAGUUUACGUUUUUUUCUUUCUCUGACGGUUAUUUUUGAUUUUUUUGCGGAAUCAGUUUAUUUUCAGUUUUAAAUGAAUGAGUCUGAUUUUUUUUUUUUGAAAAAAAUCCUAAAAUCUCCUCAAAAAAAGAUAAAACGUCAUUUUAUGCGAUAAUCUCUGUGGAAUUUUUAUAAACCUUUUAUGCUGAUCUAUUGAAUAAUCGGGCUUUACUGAUUAAAAAAAAGUAUUUUAUUAAGAAGAUAUGUCUAUGCGAUUUUCAGAUUUUGAAAAAAUAAUCUCAGGAAAAGUUUAGUUGUGCGGGUACUUUCGAGCUUAUCCGUUAAUAAGAAAAAAAGCUCCUAAAAGUUGAGGGAUUUUUAUGGAUUUCCAGGAGUACGUGGUGGCUCAUGAGACCGGGCAUGCCCUCGGAUUCUGGCACACUCAUCAACGUCCCGAUCGGUUUGAACCCUUUUUUGAAUGAUUCCUUCUUGUGAUUUCAGACUUGUCUUUUGGACUUUGUUCAGUUUUUUGCCUUUCAAUUUACAGACUUUGGGUACUCACUUGAAUAUACACAGUGCGCUUCAACUUUCACCACCUCAAAAAAAUAAUAAGAAAAAUUCAUGAAAAAAUGUCAAGGAUAAGCUUCAAUCAUUCAAAUUUAAUGAAAUUUCCAAUUUCAAAGGCGUUUUUGAAUCAUUCAUGCCAUUUCGCGUCAGCCUGUCACGAUUUUGUUUCCUGCGAGUUAAAGAACGGUUCCCUUCGAUGUGCACGUCCUAUCUCGUUGUAUGCGCCUUUUAUCUGAUAAUUUCGUUAUUUUAUAGGCGCAUGUACAAAGACAGACCCCGUGCAUCGAAGGGAAAGGUUUUGUAGCUAGCAAAAAAUUGCGGAAAACUGGCGCAAAGUAGACAUUACACGAAUAUCGACAUCAGGAGAAAAGGAAACGUUAAGAGACCGACACAUUUCGAUCAACUGGAAAAACGUGAUGGAAGAGGCGACGGCGUCGUUCAUGCCCUUCCGGAGCAUGCUUCAGGCUUUCGGGAUUCGACAGGUUUCUUCCUUUUGUUGUUUUUUGAAUCUUGCUAAACUUGUCAAAUUGGACGUUUCUAAAUCAGAAUAAGAAUGAGAAUCUGGUCUAAAGUUUUUGAUGAACUAUGACUGAAAAUCUCCAGGUCUUCACUUUUUGAUCGGUUAGAAGCUGAAGGUUAACAACAAAAGUUAGGGUUCAAAGACGAAGCCUGAUUAAGCUUUUAUAAUUUUUGAAGAGUUUAUAGAGACAGUGAAACAAGGACCUUGAGUUAAAUAUUGAAUAUUUUCACCACAGUAGCGUCAGCCCUCUUUAGUGAUCCCUAGAAUUGCCCAGAAACGUCCAGAGCACGUCCGGUUUUGUUACUGAGGUCCGAGAAAUCUUUAAAACUGAUUUUGAAGUCGUAGAAGCCUUGCAUGACUUAAAAUAAAUCAGGGGAAAUAAAUAAAUCUCGAAAAAUUUAUCAUUUUUCUGAAGUGAAGCUUCACUUUAGUCUUUUUUUGUUUCGUUUUUGUUUUGGCAAGUCUUCUUGGCAAGAGAAAAUGUCCAGAUAGAAAUUAUCAUGUCAUAAAAAAUUUCCGUGCGUCGUUGGUCAAAUUUUUUAUUACUUUGGCAUGAGAAAAAGCUGGUUUCGAGAUGGUAAAAAGUACAGAUAUAUCUCAUAAAGUUUGGAAUGUCCAUCUACGACUGCCACUUUGAUAUGUUUAUACAUGAUUUUGGGUUACUCGAAUGGAUAUUUCUCCAUUCAAGAUAUAUGUCAAAGCUAAGAUUGGAUUAACGUUUCAGUGGAUACUCAUAAUUGUAAUUUUUUAUUUUUUAAUAAUUGUUCAAACAUAGGUAUGCUGGAAAAGUCGGUCAGUCAUCAUUUUUAAUGGCGAUGUUUCGAAAUUUUUAGAGUUUUUUUUAAUUCAAGAUUUUUUCUUUGCCAUAAUGCAGAGAAUACUUGAUUAUGGUUGAAAAUUAGAAAUAUUGGCCGCUAAGUAAAGGAGUUUUUUUUAAAUGAGUUUUUAAUCGAACUUUUCGAAUUUGGCCUGAAAUCUAAGUUCGUUAUCAUCAUCAUCAUCAAUAUUUAUUGGUUGUCUUAGUCAGAUGGAAUCGACUAGGCGGUGAAAAAAUUGCUCUUUUGAGCGGCACUAACACCGCCUUUGGCGAAAAAGAAGUCAAAACGUGUAGUCGAAUGAUUUGAAAGCAUGGUCUUACGGUCCUUCUCCUCGCUCUUCCACAAGUAGAUCCCUCAGUUUCGCGUGUACGGGCACGGCGGGGAUGGUGGGGCUCGGGCUCGGGCACGGACACCGUGUACACUCUAGGGUAGCCUCGGCCGACUGAGAGAGCUACCACUUAGAGUGAAGAAAAUACACGGAAUGAAGAAAAUACACGGAAUUGUGCGAAGUUUAUUGAGGUUUGAGACCGUUUCUCAGAGAAAAUGGAAAAGUUCGGAAAAAAGGGGUUUUUUGAGACUUUAAUGCCCAGAUUUUUGAAAAUCAAACUUGGGAACUGGUCAUAUUAUGAAGAAAAAUAGGCUUUAAGGCGGUUUACACUUUAAUAAAGCCAGAAAACCUUUUCAAAUUUUGAAAUAGUGAGAAAAUAGCCAUCAUAAAAAGUCGUCCGAACAGAUCGACUUUUCCAGCAUGUCCAAACGCAGACAAGGACAAAGAGCAAUUAAAAAUUCAAUCUUAUUAUAUUUUGUUUUUAGAAAAUCAAAGUGAUCGUUGAGGUUCAUUCGUGGCUGAGUUUUAUAAUUUUUGAAAAAAUUGAAAUCAAGUUUUUGAUUAGGAUAGAUGAAGCCUAGCGUCAGAAUGACCAAUAGAGACACAUUUCAUUUUUUUUUUCAUUUUUUUUUUCAAGAUUGAUUGAAAAAGGCGUAAAUAUGUUUGAUACGACGGUAGUUAAUUUUAGGUCCUUUCUCUUUAUUUGAGAGUCAGAAAUAAUUUUUUUUUAUUUCUAUCUUGCUGCUUUUUGAAAAUUAAUUUCAGGUCUCACCACGAAGAGUACCGUACGAUUAUGGAAGCUUGAUGCACUACCACGCCGUAGCGCACGCUGUCAAGGUUCCAGGAUUCUGAUGAAAAAUAAAAAAUAAAAUAGAUUUUUUCAAGGUUUCCGACUUCACGAUCGUGCCUAAAGAAUUGAAAUACGUGACGACGAUGGGAACAGAAAAAAUGGCGUUUCUCGAUGCCAAAGUCAUCAACGACAUUUAUUGUCCCAGUGGGUAUUUUUUGAACUGGGAAAGUAGGAUUUGCAGAUUCUAGAGAGUCGAAAAGAGCUUCAAAAAAAGGAGAAUGCUGAUUCAUUCAUAGUUUUUUUUUUAAAUUUUAGCAAUGUUUAUUAAUUACAAAACCUUUCUGAAGAUUAGUAGAUAUAAUGGAUAUUCCAAAAAAAGAAAAUACGACUUUUUAUUUCUUUUUCGAUUUUUCACAAAUCAAUUUGUAGGAAACCGGCAGAAUCUUUCUCAUCGAACUAGAAAACCGAAAAGCUUUUGAGAAAGUUCCUGAACUCGAGUAGAAGAAAAAAAUCGUUUCAUAUUUCAGAAAAAAUAUAAUUUUUGAUCUUCCAAAGGUUUUUUUUUUCCAGUGAUGUAUUAUUUCUAUGAAGCUGAAAGAAAAAAAGAAAAAUUUUCGGAACAUUCCUGUGCUAAUUUUUUGAGCCUUCAAUCUGACGUGCUGUAUUAAACUUUGGUGAUAUUUAAAUUUUCACCACUAUAAACUGUAAAAUGGACUAGAGGUUUUGAAUUAAUCUUGGUUGUUCAAUUGUGAAUUGAUAGUGUAAAUCGUUAUUUAUUUCAUAAUUUGUCACUAGAAAUUUUUUUAAGGACCCAAAAAAAUUCAAGUUGGAGAAAUUUCGAUUUUUCUGUUUCGCAUCCGAUAUUUCACCAAGUUUUCAUCACCGAUAUUCAAUAAAAGCUUUUUUUAUAAGUCCAAGAACUUUAUAAAAUAAAACUAUGGGAAAAAAUGUUUUGAAUUUUCUCUGAAUUUUAUUUCUUUUUUUCCUAUCAUUUUUGGAGCUGAAACUUUUUUAAACCAACAGGUAGGAAAAGUAUUUUCAGACGCUUGCGUAGGAAGAUCCAACUUGAACUGUUUGGCUGGCGGCUACCCGGAUCCCAACAAUUGCGCCAUUUGCAGGUUUUUUUUUCGGUUUCUGAACAGUUUCUGCUUCAAAAAUAAUACUCUUUUAUUAUAUUUUCAAUAUUUAGGUGUCCUGAAGGCUUGGGAGGCGCCGACUGCAGCCGUUUGCAGUCGAGCUGUGAGUUUUAUUGUUUUCAAGCAAUAUUAACUCUUUCUCUUCAAUUUUUUGUAACAAAAUCUAUGUAGAACAGAUCAAUCAAGCUUCGUAAAAUCUAAAAGACCGCAGUUUGAUUUAAUUUAAUUGAUUGAAUACGCUCCCCAAAUGCUACUACGAAACUACUAAAACUACUUAGUGGCCACUUUAGUGUCCUCUUCAAGUAGUUCUUGAGGAACCUCUUGAGUGUCCACUAGUUUUUUUCACAGAAAAUCGAGUUUUUUUGUGGGAAUUAAAAUCCUAGAAAAAAAACCCAGUGUUUUUUUCUAGCUACAAAAAAACUAUUUUCAAUUUUUUAUUAAACUUAAUUUUGUUUUUUUACAUAUUUACGACUUUAAAAUUUUUCCGACUAAAAUCAUUAACUUACCUCUAACUCACUCAACAAAAAAAAAAGUCCGGCUCGGGCCAAAAAGAAAAGUGCCCAAACGUGCAGUCGGUGCUUCAGCGCCGUUUCCGAAGACUCCGCGAGCCCGAGCUCUGAGGUCCCAAGCGCCGAGGAAGCUGCGUCGAGGCCGCCGCGCCGUUUGGGCCACCAAGGCCCGAGCAGGCAAUACACUCACGCCGACUAACCGACUCACAACCGAAACCGUUUUCAGUCUGCGGCGGGGAAGUCCGGGCGACCGACCAGUGGCAGACGCUCAACAGUCCUCCCGGCAAGGACGCCCAUUGCUACUGGAGGAUUUCUGUUCGUUUGAUUUUAUUAAUUUCAGAGAGUUUCGAGAAAAAAAGUUAGGGUUAUACGGAGUUCAGCUUUUAUAGUUUCAAAAAAAGUCGUGAAAAAAAUUUAAAAAUUCUAUUUUUUUGUUUAAUUUUCAAUGGAGCGCGAUUUCACUAGAAAUUUCGGCCUUGUAUGAAUUUUUUUCGUACGUAAUUAGGCUUCUUCCUCCAAGAUGUAUUCUUCAAGCUGAUUUGUGAAAGAGCAAAAAAAAAUUUUUUUUUGAAAAUGCAUUUGCAUUUAUCAAGGUUAGAAACGUUACAAAAAAAUGUCGUUUUUUUCUCAAAAAUUUUAAAAUUUUUCAAGAUUUUUGAAAUCAAUAGGAAGUUCGAAUGGUUUCUGUGCUUCUAGGUACCCGACGGCUCGCGAAUCCGAUUCCGAUUGUCCGACGGAGAAUUUCCUUGCUCUUACGGCUGUCAAUCUUACGUCGAGAUCAAGCAUAAAUUGGACGUCCGGUUAACUGGUUUCCGAAGGUUUGCAUUGAAAUUUCACAGAAUAUUGCUUUUUUUUUAAGUGGUAGAUGGGGAAAAAAUCUUUGAAGUUAGCCGUUGUGAUAAGUAAGACGAAAAAUCUUUCGAAAAUGACAGGAAUUAAAUCUCUUGAAUGUUUUUCUACAGACAGUUUUUCCUCUGAAAUAAGAUUCGAAAAAAAAUAUAAAAAUUAGUGAAAUCAAGCUAUUUAAAAAAAUCAUUUUUGUAUUAUCAUAUAAAAAAUAACUCGGAAACUGUAUUCAUAACUGCCAUGACUUUGAACACUCUGACUUGUCUGUGCUCUCCUUUCUCUGAAUUGCUCUUCUCUUCUGGCUAUUUUCAUGGUUUCAACCAGGAUGACAAGGGAAAAGAGACCACAGACAUUCUAAACUGUUUCAGGAGAGGUACUAAAUAGAAAAUAUCAAACUAGCCCAAUCCUGGUAAUUGGAAAACUUCAAACAGAAAACAAUUAUUCCAAAAAGCCGUAUGAAUCUUUUUACGUACAUUUUCAUUGUAUCAAUCAUUUUCUGCAGUUGCUGCUACCGGCCCAAAGAGGACACGGUCUCGGAGAGCAACCAAAUCUUCGUCAUCUACCAUCCCAACGGCCGAACCGCUCGAUUCACUCUCCGUUUCAAACGCCAAUUCUAA